AUGGAGCAUCCAAAGAGUUAUACUGCUCCUUCGCAGGUUCUUCACGUGAAGUUCUCGGAUCGGAAUACUUACACGAUCACAGAGCCAUUCGCGGACGAUGGCUCAACUUUGAACGCAUCAAGUGUAGCUUUGUAUCACAAAAACACAUUAUUAAUUGGUACUAUCAAUCAUAAACUAAUGAUAUGCCUUGUUAAAUUGUAG